AAUUAUUAUUUUUUCAUCAUCAAGUAACAAUUUGCCUUUUGUUGUACAUACUCGUCGAAUUACGGAGGUGGAGCCAAGGUCGCAUUGUGCCUAGGAAAAGGAUAUUAGAAAGGGAAAAGACCAGAAUCCUGAUGGCGGUAACUCCCUGUCGCACAAUAGUAUCGCCGAUCGAGAUAGCGCCUCAAGGCAGGCAUCGGCGACUUGCGCAACAGGACGACUGCGUUUCGGAGAGCCGUGUUGGAGUUUCUGGUGAUAUGCCUUUCGCUCAUGUCCUCGCUGAAUUCCCUGGAGUCAUACAUCCAACAUCUUCAGAGAUCCGGCAACCCAAGCGCGCAAUCCUGCGCUAA